AUGGGGGUCCAACUCCCAAGGUUAGAAGCCGAGUCCAAGAUCAACACCCACGACACGCUUGCUGAUGCCGCGACCGCUGCACAAGAAAAAGCCCCAAGUACAACCGGCUCCAUGUUACGCGUAUCGUUAUGGGCCGCGUUUGCCGCGUGGAUCGCAAAUUUCGACAACGGCUAUUCCGGCACCGUCUUGAUCAUGCCGUCAUACAAACGAGCAUUCGGAACCUGCGAGCAAGUUCUCGAUCCGAAUACAUACAUCAGGAUCGAAGUUUGCUCGUUGACACCACUCCAGCAAUCCCUGAUAAGCUUGAGCUAUCUGUUCAUUGCUAUCGGGGGUGGGGUUUCAGCCUUGACGAGCCAUCGCUUUGGACGCAGGGGCGCGAUCCAGGUUGGAUGCAUGCUGGCUAUCAUUGGUGCUGCUGGAAUGCUUGGCACAGGUGGAAGCUUUCUUCACUAUAUGGUGUGCAAGUGUAUCAGUGCAGUGGGUGUUGGUCAGCUCAUGGCAUCCAGUGUCACAUAUAGCUCGGAGUGCAUUGUUGCCAGCAAGCGUGGCAUCUCCUUGGGCCUUUACAAUGUUGGGCUUGCCAUGGGAAAUGUUGCAUCUUCCGCAGUCUGUGCUGGGUCUGCCCGACUGGAGCCGCAUAAUGACUGGCAGUGGAAAACACCCAUCCUGUGCCAGAUCCCGUUGGGUCUCAUUCUUGGUGCUGGAAUUUUGAUGUUCCCUGAGUCUCCUCGCUGGUUUAUGGGCCACGGCCGAGAAGAAGAGGCGCGCCAAUCAUUCUGUGUGCUUUAUCGCCAAAACCCAUACUCGCCCGACAUUACAGCUCAGAUUGAUAAAAUCAAAGCGAAUCUUGAGAAAGAGCGCGAGCACGCGAAAAAGGUCUCCUGUUUUGAUAUCUACCGCAAGAAGCACAUUCGUCGCACCUUAAUAUCUGGUUUUAUUAUGGUUGGCCUGACUAUCUCCGGCAUUCAGUUUGUGCAACCAUACGCUGCAUUGUUUCUGAAAGGUGUUGGCAUCGAGAACCCGUAUCUAAUAAACGUCAUCAUCGGCCUGUGCAUCCUAGGAGGAUCAUUCCUUGGCCCGUUUAUUGUCGAAUAUGGCGGCAGAAGAGUUGCCAGUCUAUCAGGUUACAUCGUCAUGGCCACCUGUAUGCUUGUUCUUUCCUCCAUCAAUACAGCCCUUGGCAUGGAUGAUAUUGCAAAAAUUGUGGUGGUUGUUCUUCUUUGCCUGUGGGCUUUUGUCUUCGGUGGAACUAUUGCGGCGACUGCUAAUUUAUCCGCCGUUGAAAUGCAUAGUGUCUCGCUUCGCACCUAUGGGCAAGCAAGCACAACAAUCCUCUAUGGUAUAUUCACCUUUGGCGCAACAUUCUGGACUCCGUACAUGCUCAGCCCGUACUAUGGAGACAUGGGCCCUAAUGUCGGUUACUUCUAUUCUGGCGUUACUGUCGUCAUAGCGGUGUUAACUUUCUUGCUGGUACCGGAGACUGCUUCCUUGACGCUUGAGCAAAUUGAUGAUCAAUUUAACUCCGGGAUUAAAGCAUGGGAGACGUCAGUGGUGAGGAACAAAGCUAUCGCUUCCUCCAAGAAGCAAGGUGUGGCACGCGGCGAUGUCCAAGUCUAA